AUGAAUAAUCUUGAGAUGAGUUUGGCUACUUCUACUCAAGCAGACAUGAAUGAAAAUGAUCAUGUCAAUAACCAGAUGGACCAACAGUCUACUGAUACGGAUGAGGAAUCACCGAUCUCGGAAAGAGUUGCUGAAAGAGAGGUUCUACUCGAUUUGCAAGAAGGCAGUAGUAAUUCUAAUGUAAAUGGAAGUUCGUUGGAAAAUAAUUCUAUAGAUGUGGAUGGAACUAGUGUUACAAAUGGAAAUACAAGUAGUAACUAUAAUAUACAAGCUGGUGGAAUCCGUGGUAAAACAAAUAGAUAUUUAUUGACAUUAGGUAGACAUUUCAAUGUGUUAGAUAGAUUUUUCCAUAAACCGACUGAGGUUAAUGAUCAACAUGGUGCAAGUUAUGACGGUGUAUUUAGUAACUUGACUGCAAAACCAACUCCAGAGGUUCCAGAGGAAGUUAAUGAAGACUUUCCACCAACUUAUACUGAUGCGGCUAACGAUAUGUCGCCUUCUUAUUAUGGUGCUAAUGCUGAUGGGACAAAUAUGUUUUAUGACGAAAUAUGUAUUGAAGGAUUGCCAGUUGGUAAUGUAGCUAAUUUGAUAUGGAAUAUUAUUGUAAGUACAAGUUUCCAAUUUAUUGGCUUUUUAAUCACUUAUGUUUUACAUACUUCUCAUGCUGCAAAACAGGGAUCCAGAUUUGGUUUAGGCUUAACCUUUAUUGGUUAUGGUUAUUCAAUGGUACCCAGUGACGUCACUUCGAAAGUAGGCAAAGGUACAAUUAUCAAUAGAGUCAAAGUUUCGAACCCAAACGACUAUGAUGACUUACGGAUCGAUGAACAAAAUGAAAAUUUAGAUACAUUCACUUCAACUCUGAGUCAUGGUGUACAGGAAGAGAAAAAAUCUUUACCACUCUUAGCUAUCGUGGUGGGUGGAUUAGGUUUAUACAUCAGUAUUAAAAGUUUAAUCGAUUACGUAAAAGUGAAAAGAAUGGAAAAGAAAUAUUUAGCACAGGAUGAUCCUGUUUAA